ACGGUAUUAUGGGACUAGUGAAGACUGCAUGUGUGGUUCUAACAAGAAGUAUUACAACCAUGGCAAAGCAUAGAUUCAUUGAUAUUGGUAUAAACCUGACAGAUCCCAUGUUUAGAGGACUCUACAGAGGGAAACAGAAACAUGAUGAUGACUUUGAUCAGAUCAUCGACAGAGCUCUCAGAGUAGGAGUUGAGAAGUUUAUAAUUACUGGGGGGAGCCUCAAAGACAGCAAGGAAGCCCUAAAACUAUCUGAAACCAAAGACGAGUUCUAUUGCACAGUCGGCUGUCACCCCACCCGCUGCACAGAGUUUGAACAGACCGGAGAAUCCCAGUACCUCUCGGGUCUGAGAGAACUGUCAUCAGCACACAAAGGGAAGGUGGUGGCCAUCGGAGAGUGUGGACUGGAUUUCGACAGGUUGGAAUUUUGCCCAAAAGAGACUCAACUAAAGUACUUUGAAAAGCAGUUUGACCUGGCAGAGGAGACCAAGCUUCCCAUGUUCCUCCACUGUCGAAACUCCCACGUGGAGUUCAUCGAGAUAAUGAGAAGGAAUCGAGACCGGUGUGUUGGAGGAGUGGUCCACUCUUUUGAUGGGACGGCGGAAGAGGCUGCCGCUCUCAUUGACCUGGACCUUUACAUUGGAAUAAAUGGAUGCUCCUUGAAAACAGAAGCCAAUAUUAAAGCUAUGAAGUCUAUCCCUACUGAGAGGCUCAUGAUAGAAACAGAUGCUCCAUGGUGUGGUGUAAAGAACACACAUGCAGGUUCCAGCCACAUUAAAACAACGUUUCCCACCAAGAAGAAAUGGGAGGCAGGACACUGUCUGAAGGACAGGAAUGAACCAUGUCAUAUCAUACAAGUUCUUGAGGUGAUGGCCGCCGCUAGGGAAGAGGAUCCACUGGAGCUCGCCAACACAAUCUACAAUAACACAAUCAAGGUCUUCUUCAGCUCGAGCUGAUGUAAAAGAACUGGGAAACAUGGCUUUGACAUGCUUUAGUGAAUGCUCGUGACAUACUCAGAAGAAUUUGAAUUAAAAUGUCUUCUGAUAUUUUCACCUCUUCCAUUUCUUUAAUGACAACACUUUUCUCUUUUUUUUAAUCGGCAACAGGUAUGGACACAUAAUAUGGAAUAUACAUACAUCAAUAAGAAUUAUGAGCAUGCGCUUUUGUAGAACAAAACAUGGCAUCAGUCAGGACAUUGAUAUAAAUUAUCAGAGGGUUUCUUGGAGUGUUUGAUGUGGGGGUUUUCACAAUAAAUCCUCUUAGCCCUUUGGAUUGCUGGGUGGGGUCUUUGUGGAUUUGAUUUGCCUCCCACAGAUGUCAUCAGAUCGGAUCAGAUUAGUUCCUAGGGAGGUUGGAAGUCAAAUAAAUAUUAUGGCCCCCCCAACUAUCCUCUGCUGGGGGAAGGAGGUUACAGGCUGUUGCCAUAAUGAUUGGUAUGUGAAAGAAU